AUUAUAGUUAUACUUAACAUUAAUUGCGUCAUUUUAAGACAACUUUUGUAAUCAAACAGAAUUCACAAAUGAUAACAGGAACAUCAGCAUUGCUGUUCACAGUAUUAUGGAUAUUAAUUCCAUCAACAGUUUUGGCAGCAUCAGUUAACCUCAGCCCAGGAACGGUAAAUCUGAAUGAAAAUGAUGAUUCUGGAAGAACUUUAUCGACCGUUUCAGCCACCUGUUACCCAUCAACUAAUAACUAUAUCCUUGGUGUUUUUACUGGUACUACUCAACAUACUGUAAGUUGUGAGACCUGCACGAUCUCUUCUAAUCCAGACUCUGGUCUCUUCUACUGGUCAGGAGGGAACACGGUAUCCAAGUACUCUUGUUCAGCAACAAGUUGUGGUGACUGUCCUUCGUGCACGGCUUGUUCCACCUCUAACGGAUGUCUUACUGGACCAGCAACAUACAAUAUUGUUGUUCGUUGUUAUACAACUUCCUAUGACAAUGAUGAUGACGGAACAUCCACCCUGACUGUCAGUGUGGCUGAAGAAACACCAACAUUGACCAUUAGUCUUCCAGGUUCGGUAGCUGCGGAUAACUCAAUGAGCGUUGGCACUGUGUUAACGACAGCGAGUCAAUUAUUGACAAGUGGACCUACCAUUGUGGAGUACACGAAGUCGUCAGCAGUUUCAAACACAUACCUGCUCGAUACAGCCAACAUGUUUGAACUGAACACAGACAGCGGAACAGUUUAUGUGGCCACUGACCCUUCAGUAGAAUAUGACUACACUUUCAUUAUUGGAAUAUGCAUACACAGUCGCCGGCAAACGUCCUGUGGAAAUCUUCCUAUAAACUUUGGUAUGUGGUAUGUUUCUGUACAUAAUGAAUAA